UAGCUACUUGAAAAGGAAACGUUUUACACUAUUGGGGGAUAGUAGGUUACAGGGAGGUCACUAUCCCCAUGUCUGUCAAUGUUAGGAGCUAACUCAAGAUUAUUGACUCAAGAUAGCAGAGUUGGCUGCACAGUAAUUAUUUUGUGAUUAACUACUGCAUCUUUUGGACCCUGAGGAACAAUGGAGUCACCGCUACCCAAAGCGCCACAGAAAAGGCAAGUGACCGCCAUUAUUAUCCUAAUACUGUUAACACUGUGGGAAGUGGGGAGUACGACCAUUAAGUAUUCAGUUCUAGAGGAGAGGGAAAGCGGCUCCUUUGUGACCAACCUCGCUAAAGAUCUGGGGCUUAGCUUAGGGGAGCUGGCCGCGCGGGGUGCUCGAAUUCUUUCCAAAGGGAAUCAACAGUAUUUGCAGCUGGAGCAGAAGAGUGGGAAUUUGCUGUUAAAAGAAAAAUUGGACCGGGAAGAGUUGUGCGGUGACACAGAUCCAUGUAUACUGCAUUUCCAGGUAUUACUAAAAAGCCCAGUGCGGUUUAUUCAAGGUGAACUACAACUACAAGAUGUAAAUGACCAUGCUCCAGAAUUCCUGGAAAAUGAAAUCCUCCUGAAAAUCUCAGAAAGCAGUCAUCCAGGGACUGCAUUUCCUUUGAAAAUAGCUCAAGAUUUAGACGUGGGGAGUAACACAGUUCAGAACUACACCAUUAGCACCAACUCCCAUUUUCAUCUUUUCACUCGAAAUCACAGCGAUGGCAGGAGAUACCCUGAGCUGGUGCUGGACAAAGCGCUGGACCGGGAGGAGCAGUCAGAGCUCAGGUUAACGCUCACGGCCCUGGAUGGUGGGUCACCGCCUAGGACUGGGACUUCUCAGGUUCUCAUCCUAAUCUUGGACAUAAAUGAUAAUGCUCCUGAAUUUGCCCAGCUGCUCUAUGAGGUGCAAUUGCCAGAAAACAGCCCUAUAGGCUCCCUUGUCAUCACUGUGACUGCUAGAGAUUUAGAUGCUGGAACCCACGGAGAACUCUCCUACUCAUUUUUCCAAUCCUCAAAUCAAGUGAUUCAGGCCUUUGAAAUAAACUCAGUCACAGGGGAAAUUCGAUUAAAAAAAAUGUUGGAUUUUGAAGAAAUUCAAUCUUAUCAUAUGGAAAUUGAGGCCUCAGAUGGCGGGGGACUAUCAGGAAAAUGCUCUAUAGCCGUAGAAGUGAUGGAUGUAAACGACAACACUCCGGAACUGACUAUGUCAGUAUUCACCAGUGACAUCCCAGAAAACACCCCUGACACGGUGGUGGCUAUUUUUGGAAUUUCAGAUCCAGACUCUGGGGAAAAUGGCAAAACGAAGUGUUCCAUCCAAGACCAUCUCCCCUUCCUUCUGAAACUUACUGUAGAAAAUUUCUACACCUUAGUAACUGAAGGAGCACUGGACAGAGAGACAAGAUCCGAGUACAACAUCACCAUCACCGUCACCGACCUGGGGACCCCCAGGCUGAAAACCCAGCACAACCUCACGGUGACCGUGUCCGACGUCAACGACAACGCCCCGACCUUCAGCCAGACGACCUACACCCUGCGCGUCCGCGAGAACAACAGCCCCGCCCUGCACAUCGGCAGCGUGAGCGCCACCGACAGAGACUCGGGCGCCAACGCCCAGGUCACCUACUCGCUGCUGCCGCCCCACGACCCGCAGCUGCCGCUGGGCUCGCUGGUGUCCAUCAACGCGGACAACGGGCAGCUGUUCGCGCUCAGGUCGCUGGAUUUCGAGGCGCUGCAGGCGUUCGAGUUCCGCGUGGGCGCGGCCGACCGCGGCUCGCCGGCGCUCAGCAGCCAGGCGCUGGUGCGCGUGCUGGUGGCGGACGCCAACGACAACGCGCCGUUCGUGCUGUACCCGCUGCAGAACGGCUCGGCGCCCUGCACCGAGCUGGUGCCGCGGGCGGCCGAGGCGGGCUACCUGGUGGCCAAGGUGGUGGCGGUGGACGGCGACUCGGGCCAGAACGCCUGGCUGUCGUACCAGCUGCUCAAGGCCACGGAGCCCGGGCUGUUCGGCGUGUGGGCGCACAACGGCGAGGUGCGCACGGCGCGGCCGCUGAGCGAGCGCGACGCCGUCAAGCACAGGCUGCUGGUGCUGGUCCGGGACCACGGCGAGCCGCCGCUGUCGGCCAGCGUCACGCUGCACGUGCUGCUGGUGGACGGCUUCUCGCAGCCCUACCUGCCGCUGCCGGACGCGGCGGCGGCCGAGGCCCGCGCCGACCCGCUCACCGUCUACCUGGUGGUGGCCUUGGCGUCCGUGUCGUCGCUCUUCCUGUUCUCGGUGCUGGUGUUCGUGGCGGUGCGGCUGUGCAGGAGGAGGCGGGCGGCGUCGGGGGGCGGCUGCUCGGUGCCCGAGGGUCCGUUUCCGGGCCACCUGGUGGACGUCAGCGGCGCGGGGACCCUGUCCCACAGCUACCAGUAUGAGGUGUGUCUGACGGGAGGCUCUGGGACCGGUGAAUUCAAGUUCCUCAAACCCAUUAUCCCCAACUUCGUGGGUGAAGGGGCUGAUAGGGGCACGGAGGAAAACUCUCACUUGAGAAAUCAUUUUGGGUUCAGUUAGGCAUCUGACUUUAAGAGGAGAUAAAUGAUAAUAUUAACUAAUGCAUUAUUAGUUCCUAACUGGUUCAUUCACAUAAAGAGCUACUUUUUCAUACAUUAAUAAUUAUUGUAUUUACAGUUAUUUCAGCUUGUUGAAGUAUUUUACAUUCUGAAUCUCCAGGUGUUUGUUGUUUUUGCUGUUGCAGUUUUUAGCCAAGUCACAUUUUGCAUGUUCAUACAAUAGUGGAGAAAUGGUGUUUCUCAGUUUAGGGGGUCAGGAAAUAUUUUCAGAUUCCUGAUGUUUGAGCUUGUUCACUGAUAGCUUCUUAGGACCACGAGAAUUGUGUUUUUUUAUUAUCAGCAUAAUGUCCUGUAACUGGUGGCUUUCAAUUUUUAAAAUACUUCUCAUUUAUACAACAAUUUUUGUUACCUUGGAAAUGGUUGGAUUUCUCUAAUGUUGUUUUGAAAACACUAUAAUCUUUCCUCAAAGGAACUAGUAUUUUAUGUGGAUGUUUUCUAAGUUGAGCAUUUUCUUUAAAAAUUAGUAUCUUUGAGGGGCGCCUGCGAGGCUCAGUGGGUUAAGCCUCUGCCU